GAAGAAGCGUGAAUUUUCCAAGUUCUACACCUCGGUCCCGCUGGCUGCACAGCCCGGCGACACAUGGCCUUGGCGUCUGCUCUCUUGUCGCUGUCGCAGUCGCUGCUGCUGCCGCUGCUGCUCCGGGAGCAGUUCCAGCUGGUGGAGACUGCCCCGACCCUCUCGACUUCCCAGCGGAGCCCGGGACGCCCCGGCCCCACUGACCAGUGCGGGCCCCACGAGUACUGGUCCACAGGCCACUGCUGCCAGCUCUGCCCCGCGGGGGAGUAUGUCCGUGAACACUGCAGGCGCCCCCACACCCGGGGCCAGUGUGAGAAGUGUGACAGGGGCACGUUCACGGCGUCCCCCAACGGCCUGGAGUCCUGCUUGCUGUGUGGCACCUGCUCCAACGAGCAAGUGGAGGUGGUGGAGUGCAAUGCCACGAGCGACCGGAUGUGCCGGUGCCAACCCGGCCGUUUCUACAAAACCCCCGGAGAGGAGGAAUUCUGCAGGCGGUGCAGCACGUGUCCCGAGGGUUUGGUGGUCCUGCAGCAGUGCAACUCCACGGCGGACACCGUGUGCGGCCCCCCUGGCCCAGAGAGCAGACACCGGCUCUCGUUGAUCGGGAGCUUUAUAAUCCUGUCCCUGGUUUGUCUGGGCAUCUACAUCACGGCCUACGUUAAGAAGGUAAAAGAUGGAGGAUUCCAGUCCUGGAGCAGCGGGAGUUCUGACCUGGAGCCACUGGAGGAGACUUCCCCAGUGGGGUCCUUGGCCUGGGGAGGGGUCCCUCGCCUCCCAAGCCAUCCCAUGACAGAGAGGACCCUCCUGGCAGCCUCCUGUGACCACACUCUGCUGCCUGUCUCCACAGGAACCCGGGACCGAGGAGGAAGCCUGGGCCCCGAGAGCUCAGUGUCCUCCGAGUCAUCGCACGGGACCCGAGAGGCAGACCCUCCGGGCCCCAGGACAGACGACCACGGCCUGUCUGCGGGCAGCUUGGGCUUGGCGUCUGUGGCCCCGAUGCCCCCCAGCAUCCCGGAGAGCCUGGCGGGUGUGGGGGGCCCGCAGGCUGCAGCAGUCUGAAGGCCAGGAGGCCACGAUGACGGUGCCACAGAGCUGCGCUCUCUCCAGAGGCUCGGGGACCAUCCUGUCACAGGCCUCUGUGGCCCCUCCUCGGUGUGGCUGUCCUCUGUGUAGGAGGUCACGGUCGUGUGAGCUUAGGGCCCAAGCUGCUGCAAAGUGACCUCAGCUCCCCCAGAUGACAUCUGCAAAGGCCCUAAUUCCGAAUACAGCCACACUCUGAGUUUUCGGGGGACAUGCAUCUGGGGGACGUUCUUCAGCCCAGCGCCGGCGUCUGUGGAUCCUGCUGGGAGAAGAGACACAGAUACUGGGGAGGCCUCCUGGGGGCUCA